UCUCCUCAAAAGUGUCUCUGGCCCCGCUAAAGCGUCGUGUUUCCAUGGUAGCUGAUACGAGUCAACAAUGAAAUCCGCUGUGAUAAGGGGGCCGCCUGACAUUUUAUAGCAACUCAACAACACAAAAGGGGAAAAGGCGAGCAAGUGCAUGGUUUAUAUUGCCGGUACAGACGGUGGUGCCGGACGGCAAUUACUUUAGUAACAUUUCUGAAGGUACUUUUCAUAGAAGACGCGUAUCUUUUGGGGCGUUUUGCGAGGCAGAAGGAAGCACCAUUAUUGUGUGCCACACGGAACUUGGAGUUGAAGCGUAAGCUAAAUCAAUUAGCUGAUCUAAAGUAACGUUAGCAACAAGUAACAACACAUGCACAUGAAACGGCGUUAUAAACGCACAGAAAAUGUUUAAAAACACAUUUCAAAGUGGAUUCCUAUCUAUAUUGUAUAGCAUUGGGAGCAAACCUCUUCAGAUAUGGGAUAAAAAGGUCAGGAACGGCCACAUAAAACGGAUUACAGACAAUGACAUUCAGUCGCUGGUGCUUGAAGUGGAGGGAACAAAUGUCAGCACAACUUACAUCACGUGUCCGGCAGACCCAAAGAAGACACUUGGCAUCAAACUACCUUUCUUGGUUAUGAUCAUCAAGAACUUGAAGAAGUAUUUCACCUUUGAAGUCCAGGUGUUGGAUGACAAGAAUGUGAGGAGGCGGUUCCGGGCCAGUAACUACCAGAGCACCACGCGGGUAAAACCCUUCAUCUGUACCAUGCCCAUGAGGCUGGACGAUGGCUGGAACCAGAUCCAGUUCAACCUGUCUGACUUCACACGGCGGGCCUACGGCACCAACUACAUCGAGACACUCCGUGUGCAGAUCCAUGCAAACUGCCGCAUCCGGAGAGUGUACUUCUCUGACCGACUGUACUCAGAGGAUGAGCUACCUGCUGAGUUCAAACUGUAUUUACCCGUACAGAACAAAGCAAAGUAGGGCAGCUGAAUCGAUUCUCCUCCAUAUCUGCAGAUUGUCUGAUGAAUUUGUUGUAAUGUUUGUUUCUUUCAUAUUUUGGAACCAUGUGAUUGUUUCCUAAAUUCUUGUUUCUCUGCACAAUAAACAUUGUUUAGCAUAAAAAUCUGCAAAUUCCAAAGUGGAACCCUCAAUUAUUGUGUAACAAUGUACAUAGUAAACUCAUGGUUAUUACAUGAUGUACAAGAAAGCAAAUAGUCAGGUUACAGAUCCACAGGCAGGGUUUUAUUUCAUAGAAAACAAUCUACUCUCACCUACAUAUGCAAUCCUAUCUGACUUCACACUUGUAUUCAAGGUUCUAGAAACAUAUCACCCAAUAGAUUGGGGGCUUAAAAUAGAUCUUUAGUUGAGUUACUACAGUAUAAACAUCACAUUCUGAAAAUACCUCUUACCUGCCCAUCAAAUACACACUAAUCUUGAAAUUGUAAAUGAGCAACCUUCCUGAAUGAAAAGUGUAAAGAGAAUUAAAACCGAACUCAACCAAUACUUAUUUUCUACAAUACAUGACAAUAGAAACUAAGCACUUUAGUUUCUCUGAAGUGAGAAUACAGGCUGGAUGUGGUUUGUGGCUCAUGUAGAGAUGUCAGGCACAUGGGCAUGAAUGAGUAGGCCCUUUGCUGAAGAAAAAAAAGGCAUGUAUAGACGGUCCCACUGAACAUGAAGGGUUGAGGGCUAACUAGACCACAGUUCCAGUAUACUAGUGACAACACAAAGGAUCACUGCAGUGCAGGUCUGGAAUGGCGUAAAGGGAUACAUGCAUACUGUGUGUUUGGUACAACACAAUCAAUAUGGUUGUUACUGUUUGGAUCACCAGCAUCUUUUUAAUAGGAUGGCAAUAUUGGCAUAUAAAACAUCAACUUAUUUUACAAUACAUUGUACUUAAGAUAUAUUCAAAGAGCAUCAGAGCACUCAUCUAUUUAGUACAUUUUUCAGGGGAGGGGGUAGAUCAGUUAUUGCAGAUUGUGACUUUAGGUAAAUAUAUUUUCCUCCUAACUACCACCCCUUCCCUAAUUGGAGGAAACUAAUGGACAACCAUGUUUAGGCUUCUACACCGUUUGUUUUUAGUCCCCCCCCCAUAUUAACUGCACCGUUUCAAAGUUCUGAACCUUUUCUAUUCUCAGUUUACAGAUUGUAAAUAAAAUAAAAAUUGCCAAGAGUGUUAUUAUUGAUCAAUAUGACUGACUUCAAAUCACCCAGCAGUGCUAUUUGCUCAGUUAAAUUGCAACAUUUACCUGGGGGAGUUAACUCAGCCAUUCCUGAACCCGUGACCAAAAACAAGCUACAUAUGGACAGUACCAAAACAAAUGAUAAUGAUUGUCUCUUCGCAGCACAAUAUGCAGAGCUGGGAUGGUUGUAUCCCCUAUAACAUUCUAUUGGGUUGCAAGAAUUUUGUAUAAUCAUUUUAAUUGAAAAACAAAGUUUUGAAUCCAACGUUUUGUGUAUCAGUUCAUAAACAUGUGCCAUGGAAUCGGUACAAUAAUCUCUUCCUAGCUAUUUUGCAGUAUAUGGCACAGCUGUACAUUUUUCUUGGUCCUUAAAAUGAAACUGGUGUACUUUCUAUUUACCACAAUUGGUCUUUAACGCAGCGCCGACAGACAAGUUCCUUACUUUCUCCCCCUUCUACUUGCCCCUUCCAUUUGUGGUAAUGCUGCAAUUAGUUGGUUGUAAUGGAGUAGAACAGACAUUUCCAUAUUUUUCUUAGCUGCAUGUGCAACAACUCCACCAGUUCCAUUUAUAUAAUUUACAAAGAUUAUAGCAAAAAAA